AUGCCCAUACCGAAGAAGCCACAGACCGACGGCUCUUCCACAUUUGAACCGGACCAGUUCUUCGAGACCUGGGCCAAAGAAGACUUCACGCUGCCAAUUGACAAUGACUUCCGCAAGUUCAUCAUCAAAGCGUUCGGACUUCGCGUGCGGGAUACAUACGCCUAUAAAGCAACGGCAGAGGUGACGUUAGAGCAAGCGCAGUCACAUGUUCAGGCAGGUGGCAUUAAUGGCUUGCACGCAUGGUAUCGGGAUGGCGAAGGAAAGCCGAGGCCCAAUCCAAGUGCCGCCGAUAUCACUUCCUACACCGACAUUUUCCGCCCGACCACUGUAACCUCGAAGGCGCUCACUGCCCUCGGCUCCAAUGCAAAGAAAGAGUCUGUCAGAGCGGAUAUCGCUCAGCAUCUGCAAGCCUUGUAUGCUCCGCCAGACGCUGCGCGUAAACUUGUUGUGAACAAGUCCAAGCUCCACGUCAAUCCGUACUUCGACGUUUCCGCAUGGGCGAAUCAGAAUCUCGAAUGGGCAGGACCAGAGGACAACACAGUGAAUGUGCGAUUCAGUCAUGCCAUCCUGCCUAUCCUGUACCACCACUUCGGUUGUGUAUGUCCGUCAUACGAAGCGUUGUCGUACAUACAGCAGGUCGCAAAAGGAAGGACAAUCCUUGAUGUAGGAAGUGGAAACGGUUAUUGGACCUAUAUGCUACGAAGGUUGGAGACCAACCCCAAGAAAAAGCUGAAUGUGAUCGCUGUAGACAAUGGGUUGAGCGAGUGGAGAACGAUGUGGAUAGGCGACACCAUCGCGACCGAUGGGCACAAGUGGCUGCAACAGAACCAAGGAGGAAAAGACGGCGUGCUCUUGCUUGUAUACCCCAUGGUAGGACUCGAGUUCACGUCCAAGAUGAUUAAAGCUUACGACGGUACGACAAUAAUCUCAGCGGGCGCUCAGAAUGCUAGUGGUUUCACGGCUUUUGCGAAAGAAACCAUAGCAGAUUGGAUGGCACGAGAGCUGCCCAAUUGGGAGAAGGUACUGCAGGUUCCACUUCCAUCAUUUCCGGGCAAAGAUGAAGCACUCUUCAUCUUCGAGAAACGGGACGAGUGA